UUGAACUUGAUGCCCUCUUUUCCUUCAGCUAUAAAUUCAUGGUGAAGCGGCUUCCAAGACCAUCACUUGACUUCAUCCACAAACAGAGAAGUGCGACUGAAAGUAGAGUUUUUCAGGAUUCCACCUGCCAGCAAAAAGAACAGACCAUGAUCAGUGCAAAGAGAAUUGUUCAACUGGCAAAGAAGUGGCAGAGGAUGGCAGCUCUUGGGAGGAAGCGUCUGACCACGAAGUCAUCAAAACAAGCCGAAGGAUGCUCAGUGGUGGUGGCAGGCAAGGGCCAUUGCGUCAUGUACACCGCCGAUGGGAGGCGAUUCGAGGUGCCAUUGGUGUACCUGAGCACAGCAGUUUUCAGUGAGCUACUGAGGAUGUCGCAGGAGGAGUUUGAAUUCUCAAGUGACGAUGGCAGGAUCACAUUGCCAUGUGAUGCCACAGUGAUGGAGUAUGUGAUGUGCUUUCUUAGAAGAAAUGCUUCAGAAGAGGUUUUUGAGAAGGCAUUCUUGAGAUCCAUGGCGAUGCCAUGCCACUAUACAAGCUGUGUGGCGCCAUCUUUGGGGCUAUUUAGCCAGCAAUUUGCUGUUUGCAGCUCCUAAUGUCAUCUCUUCUGUACUCUUGUAUUUGAAGUAGUCCCAACUUAGGUAGAAGGAAAGAAGAUGAAACUGUGCAUUAUAUUAUUCUUAAUUAUUUGUUCAGCAUGAUUCUCCUGA